UUGGAUAAAAAGGGUUGUAUUAUAUUGGAUAAAAUUCAUCUACAGUUUGGAUUAGAUUAGAUUGAGAUUUAACUUGAAUUGAGAUUAAACUUUUUUUUAAAUUUGCUUAUCGCUGCAUUGGACUACAUUAAAAUUUUUUUUCUCGCUUUCACCAAACUUAGAACAUAUAUCUAUUUUAUUUUAACUAACAAGUACUUUUAACUAACAAGUAUGCUAGUUUAAAACUAUAAAAAAAACAAAUCUAUAGACUUUACGGGCAUUUGCCGGAACAAGUCACGUGGUCAUUACCUGCAGUAGCGUUUGUGUGAUGGUUUAUGAUCUCGAUCAUGAUCAGUUAUCUGAAAUGUUAAACAAUGUUGAAUGAUCAUCAAACCGAUAUUUCAGGCAUUCAAAUAUGGCAUGUUAUUCGAUAUGUGCGAAUUGCGUGAUUGUCAAAUGGCGAAAUAAACGAAUGUAAAUGGAACGAUCAUAGCAUUGUUGUUAAUGGUCCUUUAAUUAGGAUCUCUGUUGCAGUCGGCUAGAAUUCGUGUACGUGCCUCGUUACGAGAUGUAAUCUAUCAUUCUCAACGUCGUUCAUUAAUGUUGUUACGUUAAUGAAAUUUCUAAUUUUCAACGGUGGCAUAUUUUUGAAAAAGGAAAACAAAAAUGAAUAAAAAAGCAAUCACUGCGUUCUACCUGAUACUUAACAUUGCCUUCUCCAUCAUAAUCGUGCUGCUGAACAAAUGGCUCUAUAUUCAUACUCACUUUCCGAACAUCACAUUAUCUAUGAUACACUUUGUUAUGACGUUUAUUGGCUUGAUAAUCUGUGAGAAGUUAGAUGUCUUUUGCAUCAAGGAUAUUGACAUCAAAGAGAUGGUAUUAAUAGCCAUGACCUUCUGUGGAUUCGUCGUUCUGACAAAUUUAAGUCUAGCUCAUAACACGGUUGGCACCUAUCAGGUGGCGAAAAUGCUAACGACACCCUGUGUAAUAAUGAUGCAGAUGAUAUUUUAUAGAAAGCGUUUUGGUAUACUUGUUAAGCUAACAUUGAUACCAAUCACACUAGGAGUCAUAAUCAAUUUUUAUUAUGAUAUACAAUUCAAUAUCAUUGGAACCAUCUAUGCCACGUUGGGAGUACUUGUUACAUCUCUGUAUCAAGUUAUGAUAAACAGAAAGCAGAAGGAAUUUCAAAUAGAUCCAAUGCAGUUGUUAUUUUAUCAAGCACCACUAUCCGCUGUUAUGCUCUUGAUUGUUGUCCCGAUCUUGGAGCCAGUUGGACAGACAUUCACACACAAUUGGUCACUAUUGGACAUAAUCAUGGUGAUACUGUCAGGCAUGGUUGCAUUUUUUGUCAAUUUAACUUCCUACUGGAUUAUAGGAAAGACUUCGCCUUUGACAUAUAAUAUGGUUGGACAUUCCAAAUUUUGCCUUCUUCUAUUGGGAGGUUCGUUACUUUUCCACGAAACGUUAGCGAUAAAUCAAGUCAUUGGCAUAACGCUGACGCUGGUGGGAAUUAUAUUAUAUGCUCACGUUAAGAUGAAAGACAACCAGAUUGUAGUACCGGAGUUUCAAGUCAGGGAAACGAAACCUCUAUAUAAAGUAUGAUUUUGUUUUAAAAGAGAUAGAAUCAAAGGAACGAAAUAAUUCGCAGUACUUAUAAUAACGUAUAAGUUUUGUAAGCUUUUCCGAAGUCUUGCAAAAUAAAAACAUUUUAUUUAUUAUUCCCGAACUUAUUCUGAAAGUUCCUCAUUCUGGAAAGUCAAGUUAUGAUAAUUGCGCCGAUUAUAUAUCGAUAACAUUAUUAAAUAUUAA